GUCAAAUCACUGCUGUGUGUGGUUCUCCACCGGCCCCAAAUUAUUUAACAUUACAGAUUGGUGACUGGCAGGCAGGCAGGCAACAAAACGGUGUUGUGUCUGCAAUAGGGGGAAAACGAAACGUUAUCAACCCAACGAUCAUCAAGUUGCCAACAAUCAUUAUAGCCUGUGAAGUCAUACAUAAGAUUUCCCUACAAAUAUGUCGGCUACACGUAUAUUAAGUGCUGUGGGACAGAUUUCCAGAAGGCAAUUAAUGCAUAACAAAUGCAAUAAUGUCUUUAAUCAACACUUACGCAUGAUGUCUGCUGCAGCUACCGCUGGAUCUCAACAAAAUAUACGCACCAAAAUUGUGGAUGGUGUGUUGGUGGUGACCUUGGACACUCCCGGGGCCAAGGUUAAUUCUUUGGGCGAAGCCAUUAGUCAAGAAUUCGAGCAGGUUCUCAAAGAAUUGGAGACCAAUGCUCAAGUCAAUUCUGCUGUGGUGAUAUCGGCAAAGCCGGGCUGCUUUAUUGCCGGUGCCGAUAUUGGCAUGUUGGAGAAGUGUCAAAGUGCCUCAGAUGCCACACAAAUUUCCCAAGGCGCUCAAUGGAUGUUUGAGCGCAUGGAGCGUAGCCGAAAACCCAUAGUGGCCGCCAUUAAUGGUGUGUGCUUGGGUGGUGGUUUGGAAUUGGCUUUGGCUUGCCACUACCGCAUUGCCACAAAAGAUAGGAAAACUAAAUUGGGCUUGCCCGAGGUAAUGUUGGGUCUUUUGCCUGGUGGUGGUGGUACCGUUAGAUUGCCAAAAUUGACAGGCAUACCCACAGCCUUGGACAUGGAGCUGACGGGUAAACAAUUGCCAGCCGAAAGAGCCAAGCGUGCCGGCAUUGUUGACCUUUUGGUUAAUCCCUUGGGUCCUGGCCUAGGGCCAGCUGAUCAACAGACUAUGGAGUAUUUGGAAAAAGUAGCUGUACAAGUGGCCAACGACCUUGUAACCGGUAAAAUUAAAGUUAACCGUGAAAAGAGUGGCCUUGUCAACAAAGUCACUGCCAUGAUUAUGGACACCGAAUUUGUUAAGAAUAAAAUUUUCGAUACUGCCCGCAAAUCAGUUAUGAAAAUGACCAAUGGCCUGUAUCCUGCCCCUUUGAAAAUACUUGACGUUAUACGCACCGGUGUGGACAAAGGUACUGAAGCCGGCUAUGCCGCUGAACGUGAAGGUUUUGGUUAUCUAUCUGCCACCCCUGAAUCCAAGGGUCUGAUAGCUUUAUUCCGUGGCCAAACGGAAUGUAAGAAAAAUCGUUUUGGCAAACCCCAAAGAGAGGUUAAGACUAUGGGUGUUUUGGGUGCUGGUCUUAUGGGAGCUGGCAUAGUCCAGGUCACUGUGGACAAGGGCGUUAAGGUUGUCAUGAAGGAUGCCACCGAUGCUGGUUUGGCCCGUGGUAUUGGUCAAGUUCAGAAGGGCUUGGAGACUGCAGUGAAACGCAAACGUAUAUCUGCCUUGGAACGUGAUCAAGUUCUUUCUGGCAUGGUACCUACCUUGGACUACAAUGAAUUUAAAAAUGCUGAUAUGGUUAUUGAGGCCGUGUUUGAAAAUAUUGAAAUCAAACAUCGUGUCAUCAAAGAACUCGAAGCUGUUGUACCUAAGCACUGUGUAAUUGCCACCAACACCAGUGCCAUUCCCAUUACGAAAAUUGCUGCCGGCAGCUCUCGUCCCGAGAAUGUAGUGGGUAUGCAUUACUUUUCGCCUGUGGAUAAAAUGCAACUGUUGGAAAUUAUUACACAUCCUGGAACCUCGAAAGACACCAUUGCUUCGGCUGUAGCAAUGGGCCUGAAACAGGGUAAAGUUGUGAUUACAGUGGGUGAUGGUCCUGGUUUCUAUACCACACGUAUUUUGGCCACCAUGUUGUCGGAAGCUAUACGCCUCCUUCAAGAGGGUCUCGACCCCAAGGAACUUGAUGCCUUGUCCAAAAAAUUCGGUUUCCCUGUAGGCGCUGCAACAUUGGCCGAUGAAGUUGGCAUUGAUGUUGGCUCACACAUUGCUGUGGAUCUUUCCAAAUCUUUUGGAGAACGUUUUAGCGGCGGCAACUUAUCGGUUAUGCAAGACAUGGUUAUGGCAGGUUUCUUGGGUCGCAAAUCGGGCAAAGGUAUUUUCAUGUAUGAUGAUAGCAAAUCGAAAGGAAGUCGCCCCAUCAAUGUGCAAGCGGUGGAGAUACUAAAACAAAAGUAUCCCUUGGUGCCCAAGGGAGCCAAUUCACCGGAAGAUAUGACUCUGCGUAUGGUAUCACGUUUUGUCAAUGAGGCUGUGCUUUGUCUGGAAGAGAAAAUCUUGCAUAACCCCUUGGAGGGUGAUGUUGGUGCUGUUUUCGGUCUGGGCUUCCCUCCAUUCUCGGGAGGUCCCUUCCGUUGGGUGGAUCACUAUUCGGCUGCCAAAUUAGUGGACAAAAUGCAUUCAUAUGCUGAUUUGUUUGGGGCUCCAUUCAAGCCGGCCCAAACUCUGUUGGAUAUGGCCAAGGAUCCCUCCAAGAAGUUCUACCCCAAAAACACAGGAGGCAACUCGAAAUUGUAGAUAGACAACUACUAUAUAAAGCCAUAGGUUAUGUUUUUUUUUUUUAAUUUCUAAGUUCAAAGUCCUUUUGCCGUGUGUACAACACGGCGAGAUAUUUUUAUAUUCACAAAACACAUAAUUCAUCGAAAAGAAAAAAAAAGCAUUGAUUUUGUUUUGCCCUCAACAGUGUUGUGGGGGGCUCCCUUGUUCAUUGUUAUUAUCAACAAUCUAUUUGAUUUGCUGCUGCAUUUAAUUCUA